UAUUUUCCUACAUUUCUACAAUGCCGAGCAGGAAAGUCUAUGUCGUUGGAGUGGGGAUGACUAAGGUUAGUAAAGGGAUAUAGUUCCGCGCUGAAAUUUUCCCAAAAUAUGAACAUUUCUUACAUAACUAAUUUUGAAGUCUUGCUCAACUUGCUGCUACGUAUGUUGCCAUCACUGUUUGUGCGCAAAAGUUUUUCUCACCUGAUCCAAUAUUAAUUUAGAAGUUUUUGAAAAAAGGCAUAGGUGUGCUGUAAUAAACUUUUUGUUUUUCCAUCUUGAUGAAACAUCGUGAAUUAAGCCUAAACUUGUGGAAACUUGAUGUUUAUCAAAACGUCAAAGUUGUUGUUCCUACAUGUUUAAAGAAGUUAUUUAAAAAAUGAGGGUUUGUAAUAGAGGUCUUGAUUAACCCUUUCCAUCCUAACAUCAGUAUUUAUAUUCUCCAUACUGUUCACCUUACAUUAUCUAAAGUGAUGAUAAGGAGAAUUCUUAAACCAUCAAGAGCUUCUUUACGCCUGAGUUAACUACCUGAUAAUGUGUUUUAUCUUCAGUUGUAACCAUGAUCUUUAAUUGAGGGGUGAUAUUGUAAGGAGAAAUUAGAUGUUGGUCAAUCUAUGGGGUCAGGGGGUUAAGUAAAUUGUGAAGAAAAAAGUUUUAAUUUUGGUAUGGAAGAGAUUAACCAAGGGUGAAAAUGAUAAACUAAGAUGAUUUGAUUACAGGUAUGUUGUAAAAAAUAAAAAAUAAAUAAAUAAAAAAAAAUAUAAACUGUACCUUUUAACUUAGUUAUCUCUGACAUAUUUUCACUUAUUUGGGGCAGUGCAUUUAAAUCAUAAUUUUUACUUUUUCCACUAGUUUGAAAAACCUGGUCGUCGAGAAGAUUUUGACUACCCUGAUAUGGCCAGAGAAGCAGGUUUGUUGGAGUUACUCAAACUGCAAUCAUUGAAAGUUUUGAAUGUGUUGCCCUAUUGAUUGAUGGAGGGUCAUAUGAUAGGGAUGAGUAAUUCUUUGGUUUUCCUCUUUCCCCCGUUAACUAUUGCAAAAAUUCUGUGCAUUUUGGCAGUUUCAGUAAGCAUAUUGAGCAUUUUUGAAAAGCUCAUUGGUUAUUCACUUGGGUGGCAUACCUUAUAGGUAGAAGGUAUAUUUUUCCAAUUUAUCCACUGGCGGCAUUUUGUUGAUAGCCUAUUGGUAAUCUGAUGUCUUGUUUGAAAUGGUUUAUUUUUGUGUUUUCAGGAACAAAAGCCCUUAAAGAUGCAGGCCUGGAUUAUGGCAAAAUAGACCAAGCUGUAGUAGGUUACUGUUAUGGUGAGUUCCUCUCCUUCUCAUUAAAAGGGUUCACCAAGAAUUCCAUGAUUGUGUAUUUUUUCACAAUACACUGUAAGGAAAAAUAUUUCUCAUUCCAGUGCACACAUACAUGUAAUACAGUAACUAAUUACUUUCCUAAACCUCUAUCUAGUUUAAUAAAUUUUCCAUUAGUAACUUUAAAUAUUUUGGCAUCUUUCUUUCAGUUGUUUUAUUUCAAAUUGACCUUUGAAUAUUGCAAGCGAAGGAUUUUUCAUAAUUGUUUAGGACUUCAUUUUUAAAUUUUAGGUGAUUCAACCUGCGGACAAAGAGCACUCUAUCAACUUGGUCUCACAGGAAUUCCAAUUUACAAUGUUAGUCAUUUCAGCCAUAGGAUAUUAUAACUUUGACAUGAGUAGAAGUUGGUAGAAUUGGUAAUGUUUAAUAAUAUUUGGAAUCAUGUUUCAUUUAUACAGACCCUGGGAAUUAUUGUUUUCACAGUUCCACAACAAUGCAAAAAUUAUUUUUGGAAAAUUCUGCCCCAUAGUGAAAAAGUUGAUAUUCAACAUGAGUACUUAAUGCUAUAAAAAAUGAACAAACAAAUAAAAAGAUUAUUUAUAAUUAUUAUUAUUUAUAUGAAUUUAAAGUUGCAUCUGGAAACUUUUUUGUAGGUAAAUAAUGCAUGUGCUACAGGUUCCAGUGCAUUGUAUUUGGCCAAGCAGCUUGUUGAAGGAGGUACAGUUCAAAUUUUUAAAUAAAUAUGUUAUAGCUGUGUACAUAAAAGAAUAAAUUGGAAUCAAUUGCAUACUAUGUAACCUAACAGCUCUUGUAUAGUAUGAACCCUUUCCAAGAAUGUACAAUCCUUCAUGAACCAUGUUUGUCUGGCAAAGCCCAACCAAACCAAAGCUGACCUUCAUUUGUUUGAUCAUUUAUCUUGUAUAUGAUUUUAAGCCCAGGGAGGAGGGGAGUGGGGUGGGGGGUGAGGCACUUCCUAAUAAUAGGCUCAUGGGGAUAUGCCACUGGGUGGCAUUUUCAUGCCAGGAUUGACUAUAAUAAGGUUGCAUUUCCAAUUUUUGAGAUUUUGGGAGUAAGAAAAUUCUGGUAAAUAGGGAUUUUAGUAAUGGGAAGAUUUGCAGUUAAAUAGAUGUUACUAUAUUAAGGAAAGUGACCAAGAUGGGGUCUAUAAUUAGCCAUAGAAUAGACUUAAAAUGGUGUGGGGUUUUUUUGAAAGGCUAGCAGCAUAUACACAGGAAAAAUUUACCCAGUUACCUCCCUUCCAGAUUUUAUGUGUCUUAGCCACAGCUGUACCCACUCAUUUCACAUACAGCCCUGUGAGUGAUACGCACUCAACCAAUAACACACAGGCCUCAUGCUGUAUGAUUUAUGUAUAAAUGGUUAGGUGAACCCUAAUUGUGCCAUUCAAACCAUUACAGGUUCAUCAGACUGUGUUUUAGCUUUAGGAUUUGAGAAAAUGCAGAAAGGAUCUCUUGGAGCAAAUGUAAGUACAUUGCAUACUAAAUUUGUGUAAAGUUUCAAAGUAAAUCUUUCUGUUUCAUUAUACUUAGAAAAAUGAGGUUGGCAUCUGCUGAGGAUCUAUUUUCCUACAACAUUUUUUCUUUUUACCUCAAAUUGAUGGCCCCUGUAAUAUAGUAGUUGUGGUUUCCCUUUUGGAGUUGAACCCACACAGCUUUAUGUGUUGCUUUCUCCUUUGUCCAAUGGCCUGAUCUAGCAUAUUUGAAUCACAAUAUAUAGUUUGAGAGUACACGAAAGGUUACAAAAUGGAAUGACUGCUUGCUUCCUUAGAACAUAUACUUGUGAAAUGCAUUUUUAUAACCUCAUAUAGCUAGAAAUGUGCUGAGAAAACAAGAAGCCUUCUUUCAACCCUUUUUGAAAUCGACAUGUAUUGCACUUGACACACUUUCUUGUAAUGUACUUGGUAGUUCAAAGAUCGCACUCCACCAAUGGAUAAACAUUUGGAAGUUGUGAUCAAUAAACAUGGCCUGGCUGCUGCUCCUAUAACUCCUCAGUUGUUUGGAAAUGCAGGCAAAGAACACAUGGAAAAAUAUGGUGAGUUUUUGUGAUGAUUGAUUUAUAACAGGUCUUUACUAUCUGAAAAGAAUUCCCUGCCUCUAGAGCUACAUUUACUUAUUUGACCCUUCACACCCUAACAUCAGUAUCCAUAUUCUCCUUACUAUUCUCUGUCAAUAUACAAUUCUAAUAUCAGGAGAUUCUUCAUUUAGUGAUCAGUUCCUUUAUUCUCAUGACCUUAAUGUUGGAUUAAACAGUGAUACUGUAAGAAGAAAUUAGAUGUCAAUCACUCUUAGGGGUUUAAUGCUUAAAACUAUUUAUUUAAACAAUUCUGUCUCAACAGAGACAAUGUACAGUACCUAUUAAAAUUGAAAUGCAGUGCAAGCCUUUGAUGAGAAAAAAUCGAAGUUAAAAUACAUUUUGGAAGCCUCUUUAGGAGCCAGUGUUGAUUAAGAGCCUGUGAUAGUUGAUGAAACAUUAUUCAACUUCAAACAGGAACCACAAUGGACCAUUUUGCCAAAAUUGCUUACAAGAACCAUCUUCACUCUGUUGAUAAUCCGUGAGUAAAUCGUGCUUUGUGUCAUCUUAUACUGCAAAUUUUGUGUGUUGGAUAAAUUUUGUUUGUUACCCAUGGAAAUCAGAGUAACACCAUAAUACUGUCUAGUCAGGGUAUGAAACUUUGUCAAGGUGAAGUCUGUACUUAAGCCAAGUAACUCAUCAGGCCAGAGCUUAUGCCAAUUUCCAUAGCUGGAAGUGACUAGGAAUAAUACUACUCCUCCCCGGGAUGGGAUGUCAGUCCAUUGCAAGAUUACCCCCAGCAUUUCAUCAAGCUUCCCUGACUAUUUGUCGGUACCCAUUUAUACUUCUGGGUGAAGAGAGGUACUGUGAAAGUAAACUAUUUUGCCCAAGAACACAACAGAAUGACCAACCCAGAAUCAAGCACACAAAUCAUUAGGCCACUACAUCUCCCACUGGAAACAUUUGAUUGCCGCAUAUCAAUAAUGAGGUAUAGUUAUAAACAAUAACAUUUCUCUGUCUUUCAUAUUUUAGCUUAUCUCAGUUCAGGAAAAAGUACACUUUGGAAGAGAUUAAGAACUCUCCCAUGGUGUUUGACCCUUUGACAAAACUUCAGUGCUGGUAAGCCACAUUCUGUAGUUGUUGUUAGUAACCUGUCAAUGCUUGUAUAGCUAAAGUCAAAUGGCCUGAGCUAUUUCAUAAAUUCAGACUUGGCAAUAGGAAAUCUAUUUGUUUUAUGUUAUUUUUAACCCUUGACAUCCUAACAUCACUAUGCAUAUUCUCCAUACUGUUCUCUCUACAUUUCCUAGGUUCUAACAGGAAGAAUUUGUAGAACCAUCAAGAGCUUCAUUAGUAGCUGAUCAUUUCCUUUAUUCUCAUGACGUAAACCUUUAAUUCAGGGGUGAUAUUGUAAGGAGAAAUUAGAACCUUGUCACUCUUAGGAAUUAAAGGGUUAAUGGGGACAUUAUCUAUGGGUCUGCCUUAAGUAUGAAAUAAUCAAAACACUUAUCAUGUCAAAAAAAAAUGUACAAGACUUAAAACAGAAGAGAUUUCUGUUACUGUUGGAGUGCCACAGUUUACCAAGAAUGAUAAACAUGUUUAUUUUCGAUUGGUGAAUCAAUCCUUUUUGAGGAUCAUCAAAUUGUAAAGAAGAAUGCAGUGAAUAAGCUGUGGAUCUUAUUCUACAUGUAACAAUAUUGCACUGAUUGAUCUGUACAUUAACUUUUAGUCCUACAUCAGAUGGCAGUGCAGCAGCCAUCUUGGCCAGUGAAGAGUUUGUCAAGAAACAUGGGCUUGAGAGUAAAGCUGUUGAGAUUCUUGGAAUGGAAAUGGCAACAGAUCUUGUGAGCACUUUCCAGGAAAACAGUUCAAUUAAAGUGGUAAUUGGGAAAUUUAUUUUCAUCAUAUACUACAUUAAAGAAUAGAAAACUUGAUGAUGAGCUCUUAGAAUUUUUUAGUCUGAUAACUUUAAGUUGUUGAAAUAGUAGAAGAAAGAACUAAGACACCAUCAAUCUUUGUCUUGUAAUUGUACCCUUAUUUUCUGACCGAUGUGGCUGUAGGUCUUAACUUUUUCAGUAUUACUUUCAGUAACACCUUUAGUAAUGCCUUUGUUCCAACUUUGGUGUACAAAAAAAAUGAGAUGCAUUUAAAAUCAGUGUUCAGCCCUUAAAAACCCAAGAUCUGAUUGUUAAUAUUCCCGUCUAGAUGCCGCUUAUUUCCUUGUAAAUUAGUUUUGAGAAUUUGGUGUUAGAUCAAGAUAACAACUUUUUCUUUGGGAGAAGUUAAAUGUUAAUCACCUCUGGGAGCUGAGGUGUUAACAUGCAAGGAAAGAGAAAGUCAGAAUUAAGGACACUACUUUAUGUGUUGCACUAAAUUGUAUGCAGAAUAACCAGCCAAAGGUUUAUCAAUUGCUGUUUGUUAGGAGAAUUGAUGUUUUGAUUGUUUGAACCAAUAAUUACUUCAGCAUGUUUUCUUGCAGGUUGGUUAUGAUAUGACUAAGGUUGCUGCCAAGAAAUUGUUUCAGAAGACAGGUAUGUGGUACAUAUACUGUCCACUAUUGGCAUUCUACACUUUUUUUCAUUCGAAAGGUUAUCUGAAAUGCUAUUCAGAGAUCUCUCACUUAUAGGAGGAGGAUUUUGGGGCUUAUUUUCCAGAGCAAUUUUAUCAACUUUCUAUGUCUGUUUUUGUUAUUUGUGAAGGCAUGUCACCUAAUGAUGUCCAAGUUGUAGAGCUUCAUGAUUGCUUCUCCACCAAUGAGCUCCUCACCUAUGAAGGACUUGGCCUCUGCUCUGAAGGUAUGAUGGGUUACAGUCUCGGUAUUUGUUACCUGGUGCUUGCAUAGAAAAGUUAAAUUCUUACACAGACCGUGGAACAUAGUAAUAUGAUAUUACAAUUAGAGUGAAAGAACCAAUUUCAAUUCAUAAAGUAAAUGUUGUAAAUCAACAUUGAUAUCUAAAGACCUAGUGUGAUUGUGAUUGUGAAUGUACUACAAUGUUUUAUUAAGAACAGAGGGAAGGUGGCGGUGGGAUGAAAAAUUUGCAAUUGAUUUUUUCCUUUUCUUAGGCAAAGGAGGGGAAUUAGUAGACAGAGGAGAUAACACUUAUGGAGGCAAGUGGGUUGUAAAUCCAAGUGGAGGACUCAUUUCUAAAGGUCACCCUCUGGGGGCUACAGGUAAUCUUCUGAGAUACAAGUAAAUGUUGCACGAGGCUUGAGUUUUGCAAAUUUCACUGGAUAUCUGUUGUUGUUGUUGUAGGUUUAGCACAGUGUACAGAGCUUUGCAAACAGCUGCGGGGUGAGUGUGGUAAGAGGCAAGUACCUGGAGCCAAGGUGGCUCUUCAGCAUAACCUUGGAUUGGGUGGUGCUGUAGUAGUGGCUCUGUAUCAACUUGGAUUUCCUAAUCAAAGGAGGUGAGAGUUCAAUAUAAAUUGAAAUUUUUACUUGUGACUGGAAACCACAGAACUAAUAAAGAUUGUUUUCUUAAAAACAAGGUAUCACCCAGUACCUUCCUAUACCUCAGCAGUCAAGAGAGAAGAUUUCAAGGCAGCUGCAAUAUUUGAAGAGAUGGAAAAGAAGCUGAAGGGGGUAUGUGGAAGUCAUUUAAUUUGUGGUCUCCUUUAUAGCCAUCAUUAUUUUUGUCACACAGGACUUUCUCUCCCUCCCAAAGUCAACUUUUAGGAAUAUAGUGGGGUACACUAGGGUAUUGAAUCCUCGGACAAGACUAGAUAAUUUUAACAGCAAUUUAAAAUCUCUCCAAUUAAGGUGAAGUGCUGAUCGACACAGAGUUUGUCACGCAAUCUUUCCAAAAUAUUUUGUGACAAGUACCAUAAUUCCAUAAGUUUAAUCUCUACAGUCACAUUCCUAUUUGGUUUAAUUGUUUGUAAAUAAGUCUACAAGCAGGAUACUUGGAAACGUCUUUUUAAUUCACUCAGGAAGGCCCUCUACUUGUAAAGAAAAUUAAAGGAGUUUACAGAUUCAACAUCAAACAUUCUGAUGGAAAAGAAACCUGGUGGAUUGUUGAUGCUAAGAAUGGAGAUGGGGCUUUGAAAUAUAGAGGCUCAGGUACACUCUUCAGGAUUCUUAAUUUGUAAUUUUAACGUAGUCCUUGAGUGCUGUAAAGUUAAACUUAACUAAAGUGGACAUGGUUUUGGAAAACUUGGCAUACCUUAACAGCCUGAGAGCUGUAGAGGAACGAAGUGUCUCAUUCAGGAAAUAGGUACUUCAAAGUCACUUGCCACGCUCCUCAUUAGAAACUGUCAAUAAAGCCUUUUUGCCGCUUUUGGUCAUGAUGCACUAGAUCGCACAUUUCCUUUUAAGGAUCUGGUAUCAACGAGUAGUAAAUGUGGGAGUAGCCAAUCAGAUUGCUCGCUCGCUCUGGCGAAGGGCUACCUCUCGAAACGUCAGCUUUAGAAACUCUUUUCGGAGGUCAAUUUACAUUAUCAACUCAGUUGAUAAACCCAAUUAUCUCGUUAUACCCCCUCCGACACAGCAGCACAGUUUUUUUUAGAAACUUAUCUUCUUUAAUCAGAUUAGUUGUUUGACACUCCUUUUUUAACACUUUCACAGAUAAAGCUGACUGUACAAUAACUAUGAAUGACGAAGACUUCGUUAAGAUAAUGACUGGUAAAAUGAAUCCACAAUCGGUAAGUUGAAAUUUAUCAACAUUUUGCUUUAAACAUACAAUAAGAGCAACGAAUGAUGGUCUUGCGCAUCAGUUCAAAAUGAACCAGACGAGUUUCCAAACCUUUAAACUAAACGGCUUCCCUGUUUGCUAUUCAGGCUUUUUUUCAAGGCAAGAUCAAGAUCAAGGGAAAUAUGGGCCUGGCUAUGAAACUAAGAGAAAUUCAGCCAAAGCCUGCCAAGUCUAAGCUGUAGAUCCACAUGCGAACAAGAUGAGAUUGUUUAGGUAGCAACAAAUUUUUAAGGUGUCCUUUUUAAAUGAGGUGAAAUCUUUGUUAGACCUUCAACCCACCACGUGAAAACAUCACUUAAUCAUCUGAAACAUCCAAAUUAUCAUAACAGUAUUUGAUCAAAGUUGAAAAACUGUAAUCAAUAGAUGACACAAAGUGUCACCCCUCAAGGCUCGGUAAAAGGCCUGGGUCAGAGUGACCCGGUACAUGUACGACACAUAACCUGAGCUAUUACUAAUGAACUAUGGAUUGGCGAGGAGUGCUUUCAGUAAGAAAUACUAAAACGAACAAACACUUCUUCUAUGACAUGACCCCUACUUGUCUUAAAUGUGCGUCG